AUGCCAGCACCGCCUCCUCCUCCGCCGCCGCCUCCUCCCCCGGGUGCCGGAGGUCCUCCCCCUCCUCCUCCACCACCACCUGGGGGGACACCCGCCGGAAUGCCCCCUCGACCUGCUGCUUCUGGGAAUAGAAAUGCCCUAUUAUCAGACAUUCAGAAGGGAAAGUCUCUAAAGAAGGCUGUUACAAACGAUCGAUCUUCACCGGUUGUUGCCAAGGCAUCAUCAUCUGGAGGUCCCGUGAUUGGAGGAGCGCCAGCAAUUCCCAGUGGACUUGCACCGCCGGUCCCUGGAAACCGAGCGAGGAGUAAUAGCGAUCAAGGCUCUGGCAAGACACUGAGUUCGGGCAUGGAGUCGGCCGCGCCACAACUAGGCGGGCUGUUUGCUGGUGGCAUGCCAAAGCUGAAGAAGCGAGGUGGAAUAGACACGGGGGCAAAUUCAGAUGCCUCAUAUCUCUCCGACCCCGGGGAAUCGAGAAGUUCGGCGCCUAAACCUCCUGGUGCCCCGAAACCGCCAGGUGCUGCAGCGCCUGCUUUACCUGGUCGUGGUCCUCCCAUUCCGCCUCCUGGUGCGGCAGGUCAUUUGCGAAAGACAACGCCCCUGGGAGGGUCAAAACCUCCUCCGCCACCGAUCGGUAAAAAGCCGCCUGCUCUGCCGACAUCUCGAAAGCCUCCUUCAAAGGCCAUCCCCCCAGCUGCUCCUGCGCCGACACCACCACCUCCUCCGCCUCCUUCAUCAUUACCUGCCCCUAUUCCAGCAGCGCCGCCGCCUCCACCUCCUCCUCCAGCUUCGGUUCCUCUCCGAUCGUCGGCAUCACCAGCUCCAAGGUCUCAAGCACCGCCGCCUCCUCCGCCGCCUCCUCCUCCCAUCAACUCAGCUCCCAUACCGCUCCAUUCUCCAAGUUUUGCUCCUCCUCCACCACCGCCAAAUGCAGCUCCGUCGCCGCCGACAUCGCAGUCUCCACCUCCACUUGCUUAUACGAGAAACCGGGGGACAUCUCUCAGACAAUCUAUGCUCGAUCCGAGCUCAUAUACACUACCAGCGAAUGGCGGUGGCUUGCCGAGCCCAGCAACCCGAAACGCUUCUCAUUCACCCUCUCCUAGCAUUGGAGGAAGAUUCAUAGUCAAUGAUUCAAGGUGGCAAUUCAAGGAUGAAAGCUUACUACCCAAGCCGAGGGACUUCCACGGAGGGCCAAAGAAAUAUAGGGCGGGCAGAGGCAGCAGCGUGCCAUUGGACUUAAAUGCGUUGUAG